AUUUUAGUGUUAUCCGGUAAAUAGCAAAACAAAUGAAUUUCUAAAGUUUUCGUUGGGAAUAAAAAAAUCCAUGUCCAUCGGGACAGAUUUUGCUCAGACGAAGGAAUGUUUCUAGUCUGAUGUGAAAAUCCUUUUGUCUAAGGCUGCAAUUAAUACAGUAUUUCACGUGCAAAGUUACCAAGUCGCGGUAUAUUCAACCGAAAAUAGCCUCGAAUCAUGGCGAGUAGCGGCCAUUAAAAUACGCGACUGAGACUGAAGUCUUUUUUGUUGUUGUCAUUUUUGGUGUUCCUUUUUCGGCGAUGGAGCUACGAGUUGGCAAUAAAUACCGGCUUGGAAGGAAGAUCGGCAGUGGUUCAUUCGGCGACAUUUAUCUUGGGACAAGCAUCGCUACAGCCGAAGAGGUCGCCAUCAAACUUGAAUGCGUCAAAACGAAACAUCCGCAGCUUCACAUCGAAGCGAAGUUUUACAAAAUGAUGCAAGGAGGAGUGGGUAUCCCAACAAUAAAAUGGUGUGGUACGGAAGGCGACUACAAUGUCCUUGUGAUGGAAUUACUUGGUCCAAGUCUUGAAGAUCUCUUUAACUUUUGUGAGAGGAAGUUUAGUCUGAAAACUGUACUACUACUUGCUGAUCAAUUGAUUAGCCGAAUAGAAUACGUCCACAGUAAGAAUUUCAUCCAUCGGGACGUCAAGCCAGACAACUUCCUAAUGGGGUUGAGCAAAAAGGGGAACCUUGUGUAUAUAAUUGACUUCGGUUUGGCGAAGAAAUAUCGGGACGCCCGAACACAUCAGCACAUACCAUACCGGGAGAACAAGAACCUCACAGGAACAGCAAGAUAUGCCAGCAUAAAUACACAUUUAGGAAUAGAGCAAAGUCGUAGAGAUGAUCUAGAAUCUCUAGGAUAUGUUCUCAUGUAUUUCAACCUGGGUAGCUUACCUUGGCAAGGCUUGAAGGCAGCGACUAAGAAACAAAAAUAUGAGCGAAUCAGUGAAAAGAAAAUGUCCACGCCUAUUGAAGUUCUAUGUAAAGGAUUUCCAACGGAGUUUGCAACCUAUGUGAACUAUUGUCGUUCUCUGAGAUUCGAUGAUAAACCAGACUAUGCCUACCUUAGACAGUUAUUCCGUAAUUUAUUUCACCGACAUGGAUACGCCUAUGAUUAUAUUUUCGAUUGGAACCUUCUAAAGAUUAAUGGUCGAGACGACCCAUCUGCAGAGCGAUCUCGUGAUCGUGACAGGGAAAUGCCAGCAGACAGACACCACCAUGGUAGGAGUUCUGCAAACAGAGCUACAAUGGGAACAACCGCUGCACGACUCACCAGUGGUAUUGCGGCUUCACCAGCUGGAGGUUCAAGGCCAGUGUCAAGAGGCGAACGUGAUCGCCGAGUCAGCAUGCGACUUCAUCGCAUGGGCGAAACGAACGCUGGCGAACACGCGCGCGGAGAACCGUCCCGCAUGUCGGGCGUGCACACGCGCGGCUCGCUUGCAACCGGAAACGCAUCGGGCGUGCGUCGGAUGGGCGGCUCGCGCGACAAAGGGCUCGCGAACGACGACUUCGUACCAAGGACCUCGACGCGACAAAUGCAAAGAACCGCGAAAUAAUUGACGCAAAUGGUGGGGAACUUUGAGAAGCAUUCAGACCAGCAAACCGGAGGGUUUGCCCAGAGCCUAGAGUCGGAGGUCUACCGUCUGCUGUACGCGUUGAAUCGCCAUUUUUUUCUCAUCCGGUAAACUGAAAGUUCGCCACUGUUUCUUGCGUGUUGAUUUAAAUUAUCCUCAGCGACAACGAAAUGACGUUAUUUUGUCGUAAACUGCCUGACUUCAUAUUGUAUAAAAUUUAGAACUAAGGUAAUAGUGAAUGAUGCAGAAUUGUGAAUGUUUGUAAAUAAAAUAUAAAUGGGUAUUACGAUUUUACGUAU